CCCCUCCCUCCCUCUCUGAUUCUCUCCACCUCCCUGCCUCUUUUUUAUUUAUUUAUUUUUUUUUCUUCUUUUAGCUUUCCCCCACCUCUCAGCAUCCUCGGCUGAGUGUGGAGGUUAGAGCUGCAGCAGCAGCAGCAGCAGCAGCAGAAGACCAGUAGCAGUAGCAGCAUCCAUGGCUUAAGCCCCAGCUUGGAUCGGCAGCUAGCCUGGCCAGGCCCCUACCCCUCCUCUCUCUUCUCUCUCUCUCUUUCUAUCUCUCACUGGAUCUCUCUCUCCCUCCUGGGCUAUUUGACAGGCGACGUCUGGGGGUGUCAGAGACUCACAGUUAGCCAGGGCGUUAGCCAAACGCACACGGCUGUUCUGCUGCCCAUCCGUUUUACUGUAUCUCUCUGGUAACCGGGGGCUUCUUCUCUUCUCCCCCUCCCUACAUCCUGCUUUUAUUUCAGGCUCCUUGGAGAUAGAGGAAUGCAAAUCUGCAACCAUGAUGGAAGGAUUGAAAAAACGUACCAGGAAGGCCUUUGGGAUACGGAAGAAAGAAAAGGACAAUGACUCGACGGGGUCCCCAGACAGAGACGGGGGAUCUCAGAAAAAGACCAACGGGGCCCCUAAUGGCUUCUACGGAGAUAUUGACUGGGACAGAUAUAACUCUCCUGAGGUGGAUGAUGAGGGCUACAGUAUAAGACCCGAGGAUGAGACAGAAGAGGCAGUGCCUGGAUCCAAGAAGACCCACUUCUUCUCCUCUGAUGAGUCAGAAGAGGAAGAGGACCACAGGAAAAAAUUUAAAAUCAAGAUUAAGCCUCUGCCGGCCGAUUGCGUCGUGUCUGAACCCUCAGUGGACGAGCUGAAAGCCUCCAUAGGCAACAUAGCUCUGUCUCCAUCUCCUAUGAGGAGUCCGAGACGUAGCCCGGGUUUGAAAAGGAACACCUCCAGAGAAGAGAUUGCCAGACCGAGACGUGUUGUCCCCGUUGCACCUACUGUGGCCCCAACACCAGCUCCAGCACCUCAGCCUCCCAGUCAACAAACAACAGUCCCUGAAGACACCACAGCCUUAUUUGGGCCUCCUUUGGAAACAGCCUUUGGAGAACAGAAAACUGAAGUGGUUCUGUCUGAGUGCGAUGUGUGGGGGGCUCCUCUGACAAACCCCGAAUCCCCUUUGACAAGAUCCUUCCCCACAGGAACUCCGCCUCCACUUCCACCCAAGAAUGUCCCAACUUCUCCCCCAGCGACCAGUCCUCUCUCUGCAGAACACGCUGAAGCGCCACCAGAAGCAGAUGGCACCAGGAAGACAUCGAUAGCAGACUUGGACAACAUUUUUGGACCAGAGCAGCCUCCCUCAGCUCCAGAGGAAACAAAUGAUGCCUGGGUCUGCUUCAGUGAGGAAUCCUCCGUCCGGCCUCCUCUACCAACGGACCCCGCGCCUCCUCUCCCCUCCUCCCCACCUCCUCCAGAGGAACCAGCACCUCCACUACCAGCCUCUCCGCCUCCACCUGAAUCUCCUGCCCCGCCCUUACCUACAUCGCCACCUCCUCCAGAAGACCCUGCACCACCCCUCCCUACCUCCCCUCCUCCAAAAGAAGACUCUGUGCCCCCUCUACCAACCUCCCCACCUCCUUCAGAGGAGCCUUCUGCACCUCCUGUCCCUUCAGGUCCUUCUACACCUGAAGACAGAAGUUCUCUUGCACUUUCCACAUCUCCACCCCCUGCGUCAAAGGAUCUUGAAUCUCCUCCUCCUUCUUCUUCGCCCCCAACCUCAGUCCCUGCAGUCACCUCACCGACCGGUGCUCCCUCUCCUCCGAAAGCAACCACUCCUCCUGCGGUGAAUUCGCCUACAGAAGAACCCGUAUCUCGCUCUCUCCCACCACCCCUCACCCUGUCUCAAGAGGAGCAGCCCAAAAAUACAGAGGCCACCCAACCCAAAGAGGACGGAAAUGAGACUGUCACUUCACCCAAAGAAGCUAACCAGGGGAGUAGGAGUACGCCUCCCCCGCCUCCUCCCCCCACAUACCGGGCAGUGGUGUCAUCACCAGGUCCCACAUCUGGAGCCAGUGGCACAAAUAGCGGCUCCUCCUCUCCAGUGCGACCAGCCACACCCUCAUCAGUCAAUCCCACCCCACCUCCACCUCCACCCCGCCCCCCUUCACGACCCAAACUUCCUCCAGGGAAACCCACUGUAGGGGAUGCGAAUCGCCCCUUCAGCCCCCCAAUCCACUCAGCCAGCCCCCCUCCAAUUGCCCCGUUGGCACGAGCCGAGAGCACCUCCUCCAUCUCCUCCACCAACUCCCUGAGCGCUGCCACCACCCCCACCGUCAAUAAAGAGCUCGCCGUGUCUGUGUCAGAAGAUGAUGCUUAUGUAGACAAACUGCCCACCUUUGAGAGACACUUUGAUUCGUUUGCAGAGAAUGACCAGCCAUCCCUUGUAUGGUUUGACAGAGGGAAGUUUUAUUUAACCUUUGAAGGCUGCUCCAGAGGCCCCAGUCCUCUAACCAUGGGGGCCCAGGACACACUUCCUGUGGCCGCUGCAUUUACAGAGACAGUCAACGCCUUCUUUAAAGGAGCUGACCCUAACAAGUGUGUUGUAAAGAUCAUAGGUGAGAUGGUUUUGUCGUUUCCAGCGGGAAUCACGCGGCACUUUGCCAAUAACCCGUCCCCUGCUGUGCUAACCUUCAGCAUAACCAACUACAGCCGACUGGAGCAUGUGCUGCCUAACCCUCAGCUCCUCUGCUGCGACACCACCACACAAGCCAAGGCCGAUGCCAAGGACUUCUGGGUGAACAUGCCAAACCUGAUCUCACAUUUAAAGAAGGUGGCAGAGCAGAAGCCACAGGCAACAUACUACAACGUGGACAUGCUCAAGUACCAGGUGUCUGUGCAGGGCCUCCAGUCCACUCCUCUGAAUCUGGCAGUGAGUUGGAGGUGUGAACCCACCAGCACUGACCUGAGGAUAGACUACAAAUACAACGGGGAGGCCAUGUCGACGCCGAUGGCCCUGAACAACGUCCAGUUCCUCGUCCCCGUGGACGGUGGGGUUUCAAAGCUGCAGGCCGUGUUACCUCCUGCUGCAUGGAAUACAGAGCAGCAACGAAUCCUUUGGAAGAUUCCUGAUAUCUCACAGAAAUCUGAAAACGGCGGUGUGGGCUCAUUGUUGGCCCGGUUCCAGUUAACGGAGGGUCCCAGUAAACCGGCUCCAUUGGCCGUUCAGUUCACCAGUGAAGGCACCACGCUGUCAGGGUGCGACAUCGAACUGGCCGGACCAGGAUACCGCUUCUCUCUGGUUAAGAAGAGGUUUGCUGCAGGCAAAUACCUGGCAGACAACUAACCCGUGCUACUGAGAACAUCACUGUUGAGCAGUGGAACCGGGGUCGACACAGAGGACAGAGGACAGACCAACACCACACAGAUUCUCCAUGAACCUUUUCUGAACCCACACCACAGGUCCUACCCAGCAGUAUUGUAAAACUUGCGUAUAGCAUCGUGGAACUGUUUUUGGUCAUGUAACUAUUGUAUUUGUAUUCAUUUCAUAACAUCUGUACCGCUGCAGUCAGACACCCGGGUUCUUCCUCCCUCUGAAGUCUGUGCCUCUGUCUCCAUCCUCCUCUGGUUAAAAAUGUGGUGGUGUUUUUUUUUUUUUUUUUAAAGGUCUCACUGCAGCUGCCUGACCGAAGCCGUUGGACAGGAAGAGUUCAGACAGAUUUGCGCUCUGGAUCACACGCUCUUUAUGUCCUGAAAACGUAAAUCUUGCUGGUCAGACACACACUUUAACCUCUGACGCAUCCCAAUUUGGAUUAACUACAGCCAAAACCAGGACCCGGGAUGAGAAACUACCAGCCUUCAUUAGCACAUAAAAACCCCUGAAUCCUUCAUACCAGAGCUCGUCCGGGUCUCUCUGUCCAUUUCUGUGGCCUUUGCCAGCAAGUAAAUGCAUUAACAGAUGCAGAUAUGACACCCAACGGUGCAAGACGGCGUUUCUUGUUGGCGCUUAUAGGAGAAAUGCAUCACCUACUGGUAUUACAGGGUCACUGACUUUGGAUCACACAUGUUCCUUUUUUGUUUUUGUUUUUUUUGUUUUUUUUUUUUUUUAUGCAAACACGUUAAAACUCUUCUUUUAUUUCUCUCGAUCGCACAGACACGGAGAGGUUUUUAGCAGUUAGGCAGCUGCAAUGACAAAUCUGCUCACAGAGUAACAAAAUCUGUUUUCCCUCAAGAACAAAAGAUAUGUACAAAGUGUCAUUUUAAAUCAGUAAUAUAUAUCUUAAAGGGCGUUUGGUGUUUCCUCGUAUUGUCGGAUAGCCUUUCUGUUGUUCCCAGGACAGCAGUGUUAGACUCCAGAGUACAUGACAGCAUUCUAUUUUUAUUUAUUGAUGAUGAUGAUUUGUUGUAUAAAACAUGUGAUUCUGUAUAUGAUAGAAUUUGAAUGGUAUCACGACUCAGAACCCUUAAAGGUAUAAAUAUUUGAGCUCUUCUUUUUUUUUGUUAUCUGUGUAGUUGGGUAACCUGUGUACAGUAUAAGGUAUAAUUUUUGAAUUUAUUUCAGAUAUAAUUUUUUAACUCAAGUGCAACAGAAGAUUUGAGCUAUAUAUGGGUGGGGUGGGGUAAUUUAAAGAAAAAGAUAAAUAUCUUUCUGGAUGCUGUGUUAAUGCUUUGUGAAAGCAGUGUUAAAUGUAGAGUUAGCUAUAUCAUGGGCAAUGUCCACACUUUAAACACAUAAGAUCCAUUUUUCUCAACAGCUGUGAUGAAGUUUGGUGACCGUGGUAUCACUGGAAGAGAAUCUGUUCACUCGGACCAGCUUUUCUUUUCUUUUUUUUUUUUUUUUUUUUUUUAAAUUCAAGCCUCAUUGUGAGUAAAACAAAUAGAUGAUGCUCUUUUACCGAUCUUAUCAAUCACACCCACGUCUUAGGUCAUGUGUCACCUUAAGCUUCUGAGCAUCUUCAGUCCUGUUUCACCUCAGCGCGGUCGGCGGUAACGGAAACCGCCGACCGCAAACAAGUUCAGAUCAGUAUCGCAAACGCUCCCCCGAUCAUCCAACCAGCGCAUGAAUCCAUAGCUUUGUUUUGCAUAAUGGUCUCUGUGAGAUGACAUGAGUUGAAUGAGGUUGUGCUGCGAGGUUAAAUUGACCAAAUUUUGCUUUUCUUUGUUUUGUUUUUUUUUUUUAAAUUCCAUGUGCGUGUACCCCGGACAGUCUGUCCUCUGUUGUUAAGGAGAAUAAGCUGAAUAUUUUUAAAACGGAUAAAAAUGAAAAAAUAUAUUGUUUAAUGUGAAAAAACACUGUGCAGAUAAUUUUCAACAUCCUGAAUGCUCUGACACUCAACAUGAAGAACAAAACGUGUGUGUGAAGUGUAACCGAAGAUCUCUGUACUGUACUGUAUGUAAGCCUGUGUCAGCCCUCCGCUAAAUGCAACCAAUCACAAAACCUGGAAAAUCAGCCUCCUCGCUAGUUUUUAACCGGUUAUAGUAUUUAUUCUGCAAAGUAGAAUCGGACCUGAGCUACUGGGGUAAAAUCUAAAAUCUUGUUCUCGACGCGAUGUAUUUUCCGCGAGCGCUGGCUGGCGUCCAUUUGUCGACAUCAGGCGGCGGUGAUUGGUCCCAUUUAGUUCCCGCAUUAGUAAACCGGUAAAACUUUCUCUCAGUCAUGUCCGUCCCGCAUUUAGACGACUAAACGGAUCAACAUGUCCGACAGGAAGUUGUUACCUCCUGGAUGAAUCGACCGGUGCAACAGUCACUACAGCAUUAUCUGCAUUGCCCACCACCACCACCACCACCAGGGUUUACAAGGCCUUUAAAUAUACAGACACUCUCAGUCUUUUCUUUGUCAUUUUCAUCCAAAAAAAAAAAAAAAGGAACAAAACUUAAUUAAUUUCAUCUCUGUGGUGAUUUCAUCCUGCAGUAAUUCAUCAUUGCAUGCGAGGCGUGCAGUAACCGGUGGGGCAUCUCUGACGGUAGAUAGUCCUGAAAUGACAUGUUGUGCUGUGUGUUAGUUCUGUGUAUUAAUGCUGAGAAGAGCAGGGAGUGUGUUUCUGUGUGCUAUAAGCCAGAAUGCUUUUGGUUCUGUACCGUUAACCUCAAACACAUGUGCAAGCUGUUUGUACAGUACAUAACAAUGCUAAGAUGAACUGAGAAACUUAGUUUGCUUCUUUCCAAAACCAAUAAAAGUUAUAACUGUA